CUCUUCCUUCCUCCCCAGACUCAACUUGCCCUCUGCCACUACACCACAUCUCACGACAGUGAUGGUUUUGAAAAGCCCGGAGAGUUUCAGCCGCAUCGCUGGCUGCGGAAGAACGACACAGAUCGCGUGGAUAACUUCGGAGCAAUCCCGUUCGGUUACGGGGUGCGGAGCUGCGUGGGACGGAGGAUUGCGGAGCUGGAGAUACACCUAGCGCUUGUACAGCUCCUGCAAGCCUUUGAGGUCCAGCUGGCCCCCAACACUGGGACAGUUCCUGCCAAAACGCAAGGCCUGCUGGGUCCAGGGAAGCCUAUCGACCUGAAGUUUGUGGACAGGAAGUAAUGUGACUGGCACGGACAAGGGAGGCACAAAGUGGGCACCUCAGGAACUGAAAGCGUUUCUGCCAGCGGAUUUGACUUAAUCUGUAGCGACGAGGCUUUCAAGACAUCUGGAUAAACAGCGACAGGCGAUGAAGAAACACGACAGAGGCUUUGACUCGACUCAUGCUUAACUGCGCACACAAAGUAGAUUGUUCAACGUCACGUUGAUGGGAAAGGUCAUCAUCUGUUGGAAGUGCCUGGAUGAGGAAUGUUUAUUUGGUAACCACUUGGGAAGGCUUUAAGGUGACAUAUUGUCACUUCACAAACCGUAACACCACGCAUCCCUGCCAUUCAUCCCCCAUCCCACUUUUUUCUCCCAUCCCUCCCCCCCCAACAAUUUCUCAGUACCUCCACUGUCUGCCCUGCAUGUGCUUAGGGGCCAUUUUCCCUUGAAGACGAAAUGGUGAUGCAUGACUUCUCAGCAAUCCAGGAAUGCCACACAAAAGUGGUGGCCCCUUUAAGACAGGCAACAGCCCAGCAACAUUAAAGAGGCAGUAGAGAUAGUAGGAACUGCAGA